AUGGCAAGCAGUGGAGAUGUUCCUAAUUGGUUUUGGGGGGCUGUUAUUGGUGGUAUAGUGGCUGUCUUACUUCUUGUUAUUCUUUUACCCCUUUCAUUUUCAUAUCUUGAUUAUUAUAAUUAUGGUUUUCUACGUCGACAUUCAUCAGGACGUGUUAAUCUUGAUCGUGUUUAUGAAGGUGGACGAUAUUUAGUGGGACCAGAUUAUCAUUUUAAAAAAUUUAAAGCUACAGCACAUAGUGUAAACUUUAAUCGUAUAUCAGUUUUUACAACUGAUAAUUUAGAAGUACAUUUGGUAAAUAAUAAAAAACAAGAUUUAUAUCGCCAAAUCUUAAUAAAAGAUUUACAAUUCAAUUCUCUACAGAAACGUAUCAUAGGUUUUGCUAUACUGAAUAAAAUUGCAAUACUCCAGCAUGCUCAACUUUCAAAAAUUCUUUUUCGUGAACAAUUUAGCAGCUUUACUAUUACAUUUCAAUUUUUCUUGAUAAAAGAAGACCUACCAUUACUUCAUACAGCAUAUGAUAUCUAUUAUGAACCAAUAAUUGUAUCUAAUGCUAAAGAAGCUAUUAUAUCUACUUGUUCUCGUUUUGACACAGAUGAAUUUAUAAAUGAUCGUGAAAAAAUUUGGCGAGAAAUAUAUGCUGGUGUCAAACGUGGUUCUUGUUGCAUUCCAAAUUGUAAACGUAAUUGUCCAAAAUGUCCAAUACAUGAACAAUGUGUUGCUGGUUGUAAAUCACGUGAACAAAGUUGUAAAAAAGAAGAAAAAGGUUUUUUUGCUGAAGUACGAUAUCUUCAAUUACAUGAUAUUGAUGUACCGGAGCGUGUUAUGGAACGACGAUUACUUGGUUUAGUUCGUGAUUUAGAAAAAGAACGAGAAGAAUAUAUUAAUCAAGAAGCUCUUGUUAAAAAACAAACCGAUAUAUUAGUUAAUCAAUAUCGUAAUAAUGCAACACAAUCUGUUGCUUUUUCUGAAGCGCAAGCACAAUUAAAACGUGAACGUGCCAAAGCUGAUGCACUUAAACGUGUUGAAAUGGCUCGUAUUGAUGGUUUAACAUCUAUGUGUUCAACAUUAGGUAUAACGCAACCGAAACAUAUUAGUACACUUCAAUAUUUACGCACAUUAAAAGAUUCAUCCGAUAAUGUUAAAUAUUCAAUUGACUUUUCUCAUGCUAUAGCACAACAACAACAACAAAAAUUACCUGCAGCAUAA